CCAGCAGAAGGCUGUCGCAGACGUCUGGUCUCUAUCUUUUUCUCAGAUCUCUCAUGUGCUAGAGAUUCGACAACAAGCGCUUCAAAAAUGGCCACCGGGAAAGACAGACACUACUGGACGCAGCUGCUGGCAACCUUGACGGCAGGCAACUGGAACGUCUCUCUCCCAGUCAAGGCACCAAACGGCACUCUGCUCCCUUGGUCCGAACUCUUGCGUAAAUUCAACAAGCACUGCCAUGGGUACUCUGACGUUGCAGAGCUGGCUUCGCAGACCCAGGCACUCGCGCUCGUCCUCGAGUCUAGCGCAGGAGAACACGGUGUGGAGUCGAAUCAAACAGAGUUUCAAAAUCGCUUUCCCAACGCAUUGAACCUGGAAGAUGAGUGUAUCUUGCCACAGGGGCGCAGGGACGAAGCGUCAGCGGGAUACACGUCUCUAAAGCGCCUUCAGGGUGCAGAGAAGGAGCCAGUGAAGCUGGCACUAGCGUACUAUGUGUACGCGCUGGGGCGUCCUCAAGAGUGCCUCGCGUUAUUAUCUGAAGUACCGAGCCUCGAAGACGUUUCCGCCAGAGUUGCUGCAUAUGAGAACAUGCGCGCAGACCCCUCGGCACCAUCUGCAUCCCUUCUCAAUGCGGCAGGAACUUCCGCUUCUGCGUCGCGUUCCACAAGUCUAGUCUCAGUUUCGACUGUACCGCGUUCGGAAGCCGAGGAAGGACGUCUGUGGGGUUUGACAGAAUGCAUACGCAGCAUAACACUCGAAGGCAUGUCGCACGAGCGACUAUCUCCGCAGGAACCGCAGAAAGCCCUCGCAGCAUAUAUGCGAGCUAUCCCGCUCAUCAACGCAGUCCUUCCCGAAAUUCAACGAAUCGUAAAUCCGGCCUCGCCUCAAGUGAUCAACCCUUCCUCACCCUCCUUUGCAAGAUUCAAAGAGUUGUGGAGGUGGACAGAGCGUGCUUUACGCAGGGCGAUUAUCCUUACCGCUCAAUCAAGUGAUCCGACGGCUGAGGACAAUCACGUCGACUCUUUCUGGACCCUGCAGGGUAUCUAUAGGGGAUGCAGCGCGCACUGGCCAGCGACGUUUCACCCUGAACUACGGUCUACUAUCGCCACUGUUCACCUCCGCGCCUUCGUUCUACGCGCGCAGCUGCUACCGUCGGAUGUGCUACGGGCAAAGGCACCCCGGUGGAUCAGCACCGCUCGCUCUGUGCUGCAAGAGCUCCGCUCUCUGCUUAACGUGUGCACCAAAUUCCCGCGUGCUGGGGAGCGCAACAUCCGUGUCGAAGACUUAGUUGACCUCUGUGUCGCAGUUUGGGAAGCAGACGGUGCCGUUGGGGAGUACGCAGGGUGGGCCAUCGAUUUUCUGUGGUGGGCGACCAGGCUCACUUUCAACUCCUACCGCAUCUAUCGACACAUGUCUCGGCUGCUCGCAGUAUCGGGCGACCCUGAGCUGGCGAAGCGAACGUUACGGCUGUACAUCCAAGUGGUCAGCAAGGCGCGCGAGGCGGGGUCGUCUCAGGGUGGAGCGACAUUGGAGGCUGAGGGGACGAUGGACUGGGACACCGACCACCAGUGGGUGCAGACGUUGGUCCAAGGUGCCAAGAUGUUCUGCCGCCUUGCGAUUCUAGAAACGGACCAUGGCAAGGCGGUUGAGCUGGCGAAAGAAGCUGGCACGAUGAUCCAGAAAGCAAGAACGCGGCUGGAUGAGGAUGACAAGGAGAUGGUGGCUAGUGCGCAGUUGGCAGAGGGCAUUUGGUAUUCCGUAAUGGCCUAUACAGAGCAAGAUCCCCGUACCCGCAAUUCGAAACUAACCCAUUCUCUCGAACAUUUUACCACAGCGGUCGGCACGUACGCCACCGCCUCAGCCCAUCAUCACCUUGCCCUAGCGCUGUCAAGGCCGGGUCCAUCCAAAGACAUGCUUGCCGCGAUAGAACAUGCCCGGGCGGCUGUUGAAGCGGACUCAAACGAGAUUCGCCACUGGCAUCUCCUGGGGCUCUUACUUGCUGCUACGGGCGAUUGGAAGGCAUCGAAGAGUGUGCUCGAGCUCGGCAUCGGUAUUGCAGAGGCGGAACUCACAGACGAGGAGUCAGUGCCCGAAGUGAACGGGUCCGCCAAAGGCAUGAACAUCCGGGACUUUGCGCACACUUUGCAGGAUGCUACGGCAGAACGGACGAACGGGGUAAAUGGCGACUCGGACAACGGAUGCACCACCCCUGAGGCGCAGAGGGAGACCAUCCUGCCACCAGGCGUUAAGGACAUUCCGCCGUCAUCGACUCUCCUCCUGCCAAUGGGCGACAGGCCGAUAUCGAACCGCCAGGAGAAGUUUGAAUAUGCCUUGCAGGCGCGUAUGACGCAGCUCGCGCUUACCGAGUUUGUCGAGGGUGCGGAGGCGGUGGGCGACAGAUGGCUGGAGGUAUUCCAAUGGUUCCGCGACAAGCGACCGGCGACGCUAGACGACAGGAGACAGUCCAUCGAUAGUCGCAGAGUGUCACAGGACGCUCGGCUGUCUGAUGUAGUCUCAACACGCACCCAGCAACCAAUGGCUCCUUUAGCGGAACCUCAACCAGAUCUUCCCCUUUCCAUAAGCGACCCUUCAGGGGAUAUGGUCUCGCCUAUUGGCAUCACUAUCACUCCAGCCACGCCUGCAGGCACCGCUGAAGAGGGCCAGCGCUCCAGCCUGCAGAUUCACAACGACGUCAACGGCGAGAAACGGUCAUCAUCCUUCGACGAGAAGGACAGGGAUAUCUCUCGGGGCAAGAAGGUGCGCGAGGUGUUGAAGAGCGGCGUGCACAAAGGCCAGGCACGCAUCACGACUAUCUCGAAGAAGAUUGGGCAUGGUGUCGGAAGACAUGGUAGCCUGAGCCUGAAGAGGACGAGCUCUGCACCGGACUUCCACUCCGUCUUGAACCACAAUCCGUAUCAGGCAUCAUCGAUACAUCUGCGCCAAUACCAAAGCAUUCAUGCGUCGCAGCAGGACCUGUCGCUCCUCGAAGUGCCACCUCCCCCACGCGCCUCGUCGCCAGACCCUGUCCCCAGGAACACGAACAGCCGAACCAGCCGCGAUCUGCGUCUGCUGAGCGACCUGUGGCUCAUGUCUGCUGCUAUAUUCCGGAGACUGGGGAAGAUCGAGCAAGCAAAAGGCGCCAUCCAAGAAGCUGAAGUCAGGGACGAAGAUAACCCAGCAGUUUGGGUUCAGCUUGGUUUGUACCAUGCCGCCCUGGGAGAUGACUUUCGUGCCGCCGACGCUUUCCGCAAAGCACUGUUCAUCCAUCCCAACGACGUUUCCGCCACCAUCUAUCUCUGCCGGAUAUACUUAUCGACUCCUCGUCACUCAUUAGACGGCCAUUGCGAUGUGGACAUGGAGAACGUCGAUCUCGCGGCGGGUUUACUGUCCGAUCUGACGCGCGGCGCGGGAUGGGAUGUCCCAGAGGCGUGGUACUUCCUCGCGCGUGCGUAUAAACUCCAGGACCGGAGAGACCGUGAGCGUGAGUGCCUUAACUUCGCGCUGACGCUAUCGCGGACGAGGGGCGUGCGGGAUCCUACAGUUGCGGUGGGGUGGUGUUUGUAAUCAGAGGAUUAUUUGGAAGAAUAUACAGUGCUCUUAAUUUAAUAUACCUCGCAAUGUACAUACCAUUUUCAUGCUGUUCGGAAUAAUGGACUCUCAUAAC